AUUUGGUUGUGCUAUAUAUACAAAAGAAAUCAGAGAGAUACAUGUUCUUGAAUUGUCCAAUAAAUUAUGACUAUACUCAUUUCGCUGCCUGCUUCAGUAUGCAUCUUUCAUGGUAAUGGCCUUCAACCUUCUAAAAGAUCAGCAGCAGCAGCUCAGCAUCAAAGGUCCUCGUUUAGUGUCAUGUGUAGUCAUGCAACAACAAUAAGCAGAAGAUCUGGGAAUUAUGAGCCUCCUACUUGGGAUUACACAUACCUUCAGUCCAUCAACACUAACAACUAUACAGAUGAUGAGGGAUACACGACAAGACAUGAUGAGUUGAAGAAAAAGGUUCAAAACAUGCUGAAUAAUGAAGAGAUGGAAGAAUUGGAGAAAAUGGAGGUGAUUGAUGAAUUGCAAAGGCUGGGAUUGGCUUACCAUUUUGAGGAUGAAAUAACGGAAGCUUUGAUGAGAAGUAAAGGUUGCAGCCAAAAGGGGAGAGAUAAUCUCUAUUCCACAGCUCUCAAAUUUAGACUGUUCAGGCAAAAUGGCUCCUGUCCCUCUCAAGAUGCGUUUGAUGGUUUCCUGGAGGGAAGUGGAGGCAAUUUCAAGGCUGACAUUUGCGAAGAUACCAAGGGAUUACUAAGCUUAUAUGAAGCAUCCUUUCUAUCCAUGGAAGGUGAAGCCACGUUGGACUUGGCCAGAGACUUCUCCACCAAACAUCUCAAACAGGCGGCCGCCGGCUUCAGAACCGCCGACCCAAACCUUUUGGCGGCCGUUCAACGGGCGCUGGAAAUGCCUUUGCAUUGGAGGGUGCCGAGGCUGGAGGCCAGCAGUAACAUUCACUUAUACCAAGCAAAACCGAACCAUAAUCCUCUCUUUUUGGAAUUCGCUAAACUGGACUUCAAUCUCUUUCAAACUCUGCACCAACAUGAAUUGAAAUCCGUGUCAAGGUGGUGGAAGAGUUCAUAUAUUGUAGAAAGAUUGAAUUUUGUGAGAGAUAGAGUAGUAGAAAAUUUCUUUUGGACGGUAGGAAUAUUUAACUCCCCCAGGUAUUCAAACGCCAGAAGAGUUGAGGCAAAGCUUAAUUGUCUCCUUUGCACAAUUGAUGAUAUAUAUGAUGUUUAUGGGACUUUGGAUGAACUGCAAGUCUUCACGGAUGUCAUUCAAAGAUGGAGUGAUACAACAAACAUUGCGCAUCUUCCCGAGUACAUGAAGCUUAGUUAUUUUGCAGUCCACAACUUUGUUAAUGAAGUGGCAUAUGACGUUUGUAAAGAACAAGGCAUUCUUGUAUCCCGUUAUUUAAGAAAAACGUGGAUAGAUCUUUGCAAAUCACACUUACAAGAAGCAAAGUGGUUCCACAGUGGGUACACGCCGACAUACAAAGAAUACAUUGAAAAUGCAUGGAUUUCAAUAUCGGGUGCUCUUAUAAUAGUGCAUGCUUUCGUUUGUGUGGACAACCCUUUGGAUGAAGAAGCCUUGCGUCGACUAUCAGAGUAUCAUGACAUUGCUCGUUUCCCAUCUUUAGUUCUCCGCUUAGCAAACGACAAAGGAACAUCACCUCAUGAGAUGAAAAGAGGCGAUACACCAAAAGCUGUGGAAUGUUACAUGAAUUGUGCUGGAGUCUCAAUGGAUGACGCUCAAGAAAAUAUCAAUCUUCAAAUAGAUGAGGCAUGGAAGAAGAUGAAUAAAAUUGGAUUUGAAGAUAAAUCCUUCUCGAAAAGAUCCAUUGAAGUCGCAACGAAUGUUGCUAGAGUUGCUCAAUUCAUGUACCAAUAUGGAGAUGGGCAUGGGAUCAAGACUUCCGAGACUCAAACUCGUAUGCAGUCUAUUCUAUUUGAACCUAUUCCUCUAAAAUAGGCUAGCUCUUCAUACUUAUGUCACAUCAUAAUGCCUCACUCUUUUAUGACACAUAAAUUUGAUUGAAUAAUACUCCGUAUAGUAUAAAUAUUGUGAAAUUUCAUUUCAAUUCGUGGUUAUGUUUUUUUAGUGUGAAAGAACUAUUUAUUUUUAGACAAUAGGGCGG